AUGUCCUCAGAAAAUGAAGUUUCGAUGCAACAGCCAGCUAUGAACGAGGCGGAAUCGAGGCGACCUAGGUUGGCUGUCGCCAGCGGCGGAGCCCCUAUUUAUGGAGCGCCUGGCCCGAACAACGCCGAGCCUGUCAGUGAUGUCGAUUAUGCUGAACUGGGCUCUUACCUCCCUCUUCCUCAUCAGUCCCAUACAAAGCGUCCCCGCUUGUUACUGGGUACAUCUGCUUUUACAAGGUAUCUCAAAUCUCUUGGGGCGAAAAAAAACGCGGCAGUUUCGGGGGAGCAACCUGUCUAUUCUUAUCACCACGGUCAAGGUAUACAAACGAAAGGUGUGCUAGUUCAGACUAUCCAAGGCAAAAGUGGUGCAUCUCUUUCGGCGCGACCCUUUCAUAUCAGACUCGAAAUUGACAACAGCGACCAUCCUGUUGCUACUUAUAACAACAACCCUCGCACAAGCAGUCCGGACGAGUACAGGCGCUCGAGAUCCAGCUCUACGAGACAGAUUUUGAACAGGGUACCCGAAGAGGAUAUGGAAACUUCCCCGUCUGACACUGAUUUGCAGGAGGGAAACGGGGUUCAAGUUCGUAAUAAUGGCGACACUGGCCUGCACCGCUAUUAUGGUUCAGUAGGGCAGGGCGCGGCUCCCCCAGGGACUUUGGGAGAUGGGUCCAGGCCAGAUGGCGACGAUGAAGAGAAUAGCGAACUCAGUGAAGAGGAAGAAGAAUGGCUUCUCGAUGAAGAACUCGCAAAGGAAGGUUUAUAUCGUGGGAGCUACAAAAAUCUUGUUGCUCUAUACACACUAGUCCCCCUUUCGACGCUUUUCGCCUUUGUUUUCUUAGCUCUUCUCCCCAAUAUCGCUUUCAGAAGCUCGACACCAUCUCUAUUUCCCUACCCCCCUUAUUUCUCAUUUCCCAUUCCAGAAUUGUUGGUCUCCAUGUCCCUUUGGGCACUGUCAUAUCUUCUACGCGACUUUCUCUGCGCGACAUCUCUCACCGGUGCCAACCUUGUGCCAGCAUCGUCUCACCGGUUUCCAACAAUUAUCCCAAUAUUGACGUCGAUAUUUUCGUCAUUCUUGCAAAGCGCUUCGUCACUUUUCUUCCGGCAGCUCGCUAUACCUAUUCUACUUAUACCCUACUACUCCACGGAACAUUUGGAACGUCUACACAAGCGCCACUUCCCGACUUGGCACGAUGAUGCGUUCAGGAGAGUGUGGUGGGUUGCACUGGGAUGGGCAGCAGCGGAAGCCGUCGUGGGUAUCAAGCAGGGGUACGAAAGCAUCGCACUGUACAAGGAUGUCCUCGUUACCGCGAAGAAAAAUUCUGCAGUAAGCAAUAUGGAGUCUGCAGCACUGCGAAGCGACGUCGCCGUUACGCCGACACGGUCUCCGGCUCAGGUUGAAGAAGACUCAAGUGUCACGCCGACGCAACGAGAUAGGCAAAACCCCAGUGCACCCAGAGCCAUCAAGAGGACGCAUUCCGACUCGCUGUCUUCCGUGGCCUCUGACUCACAUUCACAUUACGGCGACCAUCGGCUUGUCGAUGUUGUGUACGGAGAGCAAGAACCACUGUUAAAGGUUCACGACCACGCACAGUUCUUAACGCACCAACCAACCAAUGGAGCUAGUCGACUGUCUGUGGAAGAUGAAGUUGAGCGGGACUUGGACCAGUUGCUGGCUUGCAAGAGUAGGGAAGAGCUUGAAGAAGUAUAUGGUAUCCCCGUCAUCCGCAUUCCGGUGUUUAUUUCGUGUCUUCAUCGGAUCAACUCUAUCUUGUCAUCCUUAGGCAUAUGCAUGCUCCUAACAGCAGCGUACAUGCGGUCGACUUUUGCCUACACACAUCCUUCAACUGCAGACAGUCUUGUUGACCUCCCUACUGCGGACCAAUACCCUGCCUCUAAUCGUCCACUGGCGUAUACCAUCCCGCCUGUUCUAUUCGUCCAGGCAUUGAUGUCAAUGAUGCACACACCCUGGGUCCUUCCACGUAUUGGAAUCCACUCGUUUGUGUAUAUCAACUCGAUGAUUUCGCUUGGGUUGUUCUUCGGCGGGCUAGGGGUAUGGGAAGUCCUGACAUAG